GUGUGCCAAGAACUGUGGUUCCAUCUCUGCUGCGGCGAAAAGCCAUUUCUCUCUCCUUCCACCAUGUCGACUAAGAUAAACACCCAUGUAUUGUUACUCACACUUUGUAUCCUACUAUUCUGUAUUCCAGGACAUGGUGUAUUAGCCUUUGGUGCUGGGAAUAUUCCAAGUUUCGCGUACUUAGAAGGAAGAGCGUUUCGACAUGGCGAUAUAGAAGAUACCUUGGCUGAACUAGCUAAGAAAGCUGGUAGUGGGUUCGCCUUAGGAGCUCUGAUGGGCAAAUCGAAGUUUGGAGGAUUGGACAUUAAACGAGUAUACUUUGGGAAUUGGCUUCGAGACUAUAGUCAGGCCAUCGACGUUGCUGGACUACAGAAGCUUCAAAUUCAGACGAUUAUCAACUUAUGUAUUGCCCUGGGAUUUCUCGCGCACGGUUACGCCACACACGAGUUCGAGGUAACUGAGGAGCGUCUUGGCGUUUACCUACCGACGGAGCACAUCGACAAUCCGAAAGGAUAUCCUGACGACGCUCGCAAAUAUCACCCGAAGCUCCGAGGACCUGUGGACCCCAGAGAACUUGACAUUGAUCCCCGAACAGGAAUGAAAAAUUAUAUCGCAAACGAGAACGGAAGCUGGGAUUCCUCAAAGGCGUUGGUUCGCCGUACCCUCGAGCGAUGCAUUCACUUGGGCAGGCAACACCGAGCGAACGGACGUAAAGAAGACGAAUAUGAAGCUUACCGACUUCUCGGCCAGGCGAUGCACACCCUCGAGGACUUUCCGGCACAUUCAAAUUUCUGUGAACUGGCACUCGUUCACAUGGGUUAUCGAGAUGUGUUCAUACAUGUCGGCGAUCAGGUGCGCAUACAAGCACGAAAUGGAGCGUGGGUUGCUCCGCUUGUCACUGGAACGUUCGGCUCCAGUGAUUUUAUACAUAGUAUGUUAGGAGAGGCUUCCGAUCAUAUCAGUCAAGCGUCUGUGACAGAUCUCAAUGCUGAGCUCGACAAGGCCCGAGCAAAAUCCGGUGGUUCUGCUCGCGGAGGUUCCUCGUCCUCUGCCUCUGUUCUUCGUGACCUUCUCUUUAAGCUCCCUGGGGGUAGCGAUGACCGCGACAUGCAACGUGAGAUGGAUGACAUUGAACGGAUUAGAGCCGGACCGAGCCAAGGAGGCAAACGACCUGAGGAUAUGAGUCCUCAGGAACUGCAUGCCGUUCUUUGGCAGGUGUUGACAUUCAGAGACUCUGUUGUGAAGAAGAUAGAGAAGACUAUUGAGAAGAUCCCUGGUCUUGGACCGCUUAUCGAGAAAUUGAUGGAUUCAAUCUCCGUCUUCGUAUUCACUACUCUCGAGCCCUUCCUUAAGCCCAUCAUGAAGCAGGCUACUACUGGACUAAUGGCGGCGUCCGGCGAGGUGAUUGAUUCGCAUGAUCAGUACGAAGUUUUCAAUGACUCACGAGCGUCCGAUCCAACCCAUUCGUUCCUGAGCAAGGAUCAUUUUAAUCUCAUCCUUAACGAACCUGCCGGACAACUGGGCAAGAUCAUCCUCACCCAUGCUGUCAAACUCAUCGUACAAGCGUGGGACGACCCUUCAAUUAAUGUGCAUGCAGUAACCGAAGAUAUCCUUCAAUCCUUGUUCCAUCCUGACUUCCAUGACCACAACUCAAGGAUCCAACGGGAGAUGAUAGACUACAUGCAGCAAUGGAUUCAAAGUCUCGGUGCUCAGCAGCACGAGACUCUCCGACGUCUCACCAAGUCAUCCGUCCGAGAACACAAGAACGUUCGAUUAGCUGGACACGGCGGUAACCAGUCGUCGGAGUAUGGUUAUGCUCAAAAUGCCGGUCAACAAGCGCAGACUGACCUUCAAGGGUACCUCUCACAAGUGCCUUUGGUCUCAAAUGCUACUUCGUUCUUAGGGAAGCUCAAUCCUGGAAGUGGAGGAAAGCCAAGUGGCGGAGGUGCAUUCAGUGGCAUGGCGCAGGCCCAGUCCUUGCUUGGGCAAUUCACCGGUGGUCAAGGGGGUAGACGAGAAGGACCGUCGUCAAGCUCAGCUUAUCCUGGUGAAGGAUAUGGGCCUGGGUCGCACGAUGUUUCGUACAAUCCUCCUUCGGGACCUCCACCUUCGUUCCCUGGUCCGGUUGCGCACGAAGGGUAUUCGCCGUCGUAUGCUCCACCAUCGGCUGGAUUUCCUGAGCCGAACUAUGGAAGUGGAUAUGCACCACCUCCGGGGGCUCCACCAGGCUUCCCGGACCCUGGUUCGUACCAACCACCCCCUGGACCUCCACCAGGGCAGGGGUAUGGCUAUAAUGACUAUAAUGAUCGCCGAUGGUAGAUGUAAACUGUGAUAGUAAGUAAGAAGGUUUUGGAUGUAUUGAGUAGCUGAGCGCCUUCAACGAAUCUGUAUUUACUAAACCUUUGACAUAGUCGUUAUUUGGACACCUUCCUGCGGAUAGUUCAUUUGCCUCGCCGUAAGAAUAUGAUACUUCUAUUUUGACAAAGCUGUCGCGAUGUACAAGUACUAUUAAGAACUGACAGCAAGAGAGUGCGUGUGCAUUAGACCGAUACGUGAGAACUUGUAUUCCGGAUCCAUUAUUGAUUCCACACUUCGCACAUUGUGUACUGUACAGUACAAACAUAUUUGAUUUGCUACAUCGUUACAAUACAUUUCAAGUCAUUUC